AAAAGGAAGUAAGUACGACUGCGCAGCGCCUCUGUUACGUAAUAGACAUAGUAAUCGGCUGCGGCAAGUAAAGUAUAAAUAGUUCGGCGGUUUCUUAUAUAGAUUUAGUGUGAUUGCCAACCAGCAUCAUGUCAGAGAAAAUGAUCCCGUUAACGGUGAGAGAAGCCAGACUGUCAGACUGCAAGAUCCUGGAAUUGUUGAUGCGAGAAUCUAUAAAAGAACAAAAAAUAACCGACGUAAGAGGACUGUCAUGCCAAGAUCUGCAGAGCAAAGGUUUUGGAAAUGUUCCUGCCUUUCAUAUUUUUGUCAGUGAACUGAGCAGUGGCGUAAUAAAUGGUUAUCUGCUUUAUAUCUACGCUUUCUCCUCAAUUGUUGGUCGCAUAGUGGUUGUGAAAGAUAUCUAUGUCACUCCAGAGUACAGAAGGAGAGGCACGGCUACUGCCUUGUGGAAAACAUUAGUUCAGAAAGUCUCGGCUGAAGGUUGUAAACGCUGUGACAUCUACACGAAAGCACCAAAUAAAUUCCUCCUCAGUAUUGGGGCCUGUGACGGUACUGUGUCAGAAUACUCAGGAGACCUUGUUUAUGAAAUUAAAAAGGAUGCAAUGGAAGAAUUAAUCAAAAGACAAAAUAUUCCAAGUGAAUUUAUUCUGAGAGAAGCAACUGCAAAGGACAUCCCAGACAUAUUUGAAUGUUUAAAAAGCCUGCACCUGUAUUUGGGUAUACUAAAUGAAGUAAUAACUGACGAGACAGUGUUGAUCAAAGAAGGUUUUGGAAAGCGCCCUCUGUUUAAGUCAUAUGUUGCCGAGAGAAACGGUUCAAUAGUGGGGUAUACCUUAUUCUCUAUACACCUAUGGUUUCGAUGCGGGCCUGAGGUCUACAUGGAGGAUCUGUAUGUCUCUUCUGAAUGCAGAGGAACAGGAAUUGGCACUGCUCUGUGGGCUAGUGUACUCAAGGAGACCCUCAAGAUCGGUGGUAAGAGGUGCACCCACAUAGUUGCUUCUGAAAACAAAUCAAAUAACCAUACGGGUAUUGUUAAACCAAGAGUAAAGGUGCUCAUGACUUAA